AUGUGCAGUAUAUUUAAAUGGUUCCGUUGUUUUGCAGCCAUUAACAACCCGCUAAAAAUGGUUGUUACAAAGCACAAUGAGAAGUUUCCGGGGGUUCGAAGGAGUACUAGGUUGAAGAAAAAGGCGAUUCCUAUUCAAGCAUCUACAAUUGGGCCAUCUUUGUCAAGUUUGAGAUUAAUAUUCACCCCUGAUCGGCAGAAGAAGGGAAUACUUUUUGAUGGUUUAGUAGAGAUGGGCGGCUGUCUUGCUACUUCAACACCCAAGAGUAAUCAACUAGAGAGCUCAAGAGUUAAGCAGAUCCAGGAUCAAAUAAAGGAAAAGAUUUCGAAGGGAUCAUCAAGGCCAGUGAGUGAACAGAAGAAAAAGUCAGCAAAAUCGUCAGCAGAAAGUGAGGAGAAGUUGACUAAUGUCGAGAUUGAUACAUCACAAACCCAGAAAAAGGAGAAAGUAACGUCAUCAGACAAAGACUUUUGCCCUGAAGUUGACCAGGCUCCUCCAUGCCAAAACUCAAGUUCACUCAACACUUCCUCCAACCUAACCAAGAAGCCAAGGAAGUACCCCAAGAAGAAACGUAAUGCAAGAAGCCAAUUGACAACGAUGAAGAGAGUAGAAGAUAAGGUUUUGCAGCAAUUUAGACCUGCAAGCCGCACCCAAAUCAAUAAACUCAGUCCGUCGAAAUCCAUCAAAAAAAUUCCAGUCGCGCCAAAACAGCUUGCUAUCCCCCCACCAAAAGCUUCACCAAAAGCUCCACCCAAACCACCUAAAGCUGCACCGAAAAUUCCGCCCAAAGUUUCACCCAAAUCUUCAGCCAAAGUUCCUCCCAACGUUCCAAAAGCUCCAUUGAAAGUUCCCAACGUUGCUCCUGCAAUUCGUCAACCGAAUUCUUCAAAUACAGCCACAAUCAAGCCGUCUCAAUUAGCCGACAGACUGCCGCUUGCAACCGCCGUUCCUGCACGCGAGCCCAUCGCUUAUCGAGACCCGAACAUACCAUCCUCACCCAUUCCUUCGCUUCCCAUUCCAAAGAACUCAAAACCAACAUACCUUGAGCUUCUAAGAAAAUGUGCACCAGGUCCUGAUCCCAUGAACCUUCUUCGUCCACCAAAACAUUGCUGCUGUUCCCAUGUCAGACCCGGUCAUCGCAUCCAGACACCCGUGAAAUAA